UGUUGAAAAAACAGCGAGACGCAAAAUUACAAAGCACCAUUUAUAUACAUAUGUGUAUGUAUAUACAUACAUAUAUGUAUGUAUGUAAAUAUAUAUUAUAGACAUUGUAUGAAAUUUAAAGUAGUUAAACUCAUAAAAUACUUCUGAGGCCAACAAAUAAAGGAAUACGUGUGACUUGCGGGCGCACAAUUGUGUUAUAAAAUGCCGACCACUGAAAUAAAUAUGUACAUAUAUACAUAUGAAUAUGUCCAGAUUAAUAUAGAUUGAAUGAUAUGGAAGUAUUGCUCAUUAGAAAUUUAUAUACAUAUGUAUUUAUUUAUGGUGCUGUUUUCAAGUUAUUAAUUUGUUUAAUGCAUUUUCAUAAAAAAAAAUCAAUCUUAGCUCUUAUCAGGAAUCUAUGAUUUUUGAUAAUAUUUUAAUAAAUAUUAUGGAUAAAAUAUCUUAGUCCAUACAAAGUCCGCUACUCCGUAAAAGCAUAUGUAUUGCAGCAGCUAAGGCAGUUACCAACCGCAACGUAAUAUGAAGCACUCCAAUUGGUUUAAUAAUAUGCCGUACAACAAAGUGAAACCAUCGGCUGUGCAACUUCAUAAUAUUGGCUACAAUGAAUUUCUGCACCGGAUUCCAAGGGAUAGCUCAAUUUUCAAUGACAUUCGAACUACAUUAUUCAUCUUAAAGGCAACUGGCUUGUUACCAUUCUACGAAGAGAUUUCUAGUUAUGAAGUGGGUCCUCCGACAAAACCAAAUAUUUUCUAUUCUUAUUUUAUUCGAGGCGUUGUGCAAGCCCUCACAAUAUUCAACCUCUACAACCUCGUAACGUCUGGAUCGGCACAACUCUUUUCCUCAUAUAGUGAUACAGACAAUGUGAAUAAAUGGAUAGAGUUUUUGUUGUGCAUGUUAGCUCAUUCGACGACUGUUAUAAUUUGUGCGAGGAAUUCAAAGUCUUUUUUAAAAAUUAUAAAUGAAAUAUUGAAAGUAGAUGAGGAUGUUUUUGACCGAUUCGGGACAGCAUUUGAAAAUAGAUGCGGUUUUUCGUUGAAGUUUAUUGUGGGCAUAUGUAUUUGCCAAUGGUAUUUAAUAAUUCUUACAGUCCUUGAAGCUAGUGAUUCGUUAAACAUGAAUUCAUAUAUAUUUAUUAUGUUUAAUGCAGUUCAAAACGGCAUGGCUGCUAUUUUCAUUGUUUUCGCAGCGGCUUUGUUGAGAAUAGUAAAAGUGCGUUUUGCUCACUUAAAUUCCAUUCUAUCAGGCUACACAUACAACCAGCAGCGUAAACAAGAGCAUUUUGCAGGACGAGAAAGAUUUAGGAACACAAUGGAAACAUUUCCAGAAGAAUCUUUAUUUACAUAUCGCAUGCAUAAUAAGUUACUAAGGAUUUAUCGCUCAAUAAACGAUUGCUGCAGCCUUAUUCUUGUGGCAUAUAUGGGAUAUGCUUUUUACACUAUUACAACUACAACUUAUAAGCUAUUUGUCCAGAUAACAACACAAAGUUAUCCACAGAUAUCAUACAAUGUAUUGCAGACUUGCUUUACCUGGCUAGCUAUGCACACAUGCGUACUGGCCCUUCUGUCGAGGAGUUGUGGACAAGUCACUGAUGAGGCUAAUUGGACUUCGCAAGUUUUGGCUCGUGUAUAUAGCAAAUCUAAAGAUCAUCAAAAUAUUGUGGAUAAAUUUUUAACUAAAAGUGUUAAACAGGAAGUACAAUUCACUGCUUAUGGAUUUUUUGUUAUAGACAACUCCACACUUUUUAAGAUUUUCUCAGCUGUCACCACCUAUUUGGUUAUUUUGAUUCAGUUCAAACAACUUGAGGAUUCAAAAACGGUGAACAACUCGAUGUGAGUUUAAAGUAGAUACAGAG